UUGGCCCGGCCGAACAAGGCGAUUUCCCUAAUAAGUUUCGAAACCACCGUUCCUUCCUCUGUGUAGUCCCUUCAAAGUUUUCUUCUUUCCUCACUCUUUCUCCGUCUUGAUUUCGAAGAAACUCAGGGUUGGAGAUCCGAAAUCUUUUAUUUUCGGGUUUUACCCCGAAGACCUGGAAUAAUUGAAAUCAGAUAUUUUAGUUAGAGUGAGAUGUGUCCCUUUCAAUUUGCUUUAACUUUUUUCCAUUGAUUGCUUUAUAAUGAUAAAAGGUAGUAAUCUUUGAUGGAGGAUUGCGGUAGCCGACGAUGGGAUGAGCUAUUCCCUGAUGCAUUGGGUCUCAUAUUUAAGAAUUUGUCACUCCAGGAGAUACUUGUUGUAAUUCCAAGGGUUUGCAAAUCAUGGAGAGAAACAGUGUUGGGGCCUUACUGUUGGCAGGAGAUAGACAUUAUGGAUUGGAGCUUACUUCGAGAUGCCGUUAGCGUCAAUACAAUGCUUCAAUUGUUGAUUUCAAGGACCUCUGGUUACCUUCGCAAGCUCUGCAUUAGUUCUCUCCCUAAUGACUCUAGUUUGUCCCUGAUUGCAAAAUAUGGCAAAGUUCUUCAUACUUUACGGGUACCAAGAAGUGAAAUAACGAAUUCAACUGUAGAACAGGUUGCUGACAGGCUUUCUGCUGUAACUUCUUUGGAUUUAAGCUUUUGUAAAAACAUUGGAGCACCAGCCCUUGAGGCUGUUGGGAAGCAUUGUGUGAAUCUCAUAGGGUUGCGCAGAGUUAUGUGUCCUUUUGAAGCCAUUGACAGGUCUUCUCAAGAUGACGAGGCUCUUGCAAUUGCAUCAACGAUGCGUAAGCUCAAGCGGCUUGAGAUAGCCUAUUUGCUCGUCAAUACUGAAUCAGUUCUGAAAAUCUUGGAGAACUGCCCAGAGCUUGAGUAUUUAGAUGUGCAAGGGUGUUGGAAUGUGAUACUAGAUGAGAGGUUCAAGAAGUUUUCGAAGGUGAAGUUGAUCGGUCCACUGGAAGAGUUUUCGGAGAUGAUCAGAUGGGAUGGUUGCUCAGAUUCUUCUAGCUACUUGAUUUGGGAUUUUGUGGCUGAUGAAUUAGAUGAUCAAUUUGACAUGCUGGAGUUUUUGGGAGAAGAUUACACAAGUGUGGAUGACGAGGAGUAUGCUUUUGAGGAGCAUGUUUAUCCUGAUUGGCCUGAGGAGUCUCCUUGAAUUUUGCUCAUGCCUAAGUCUUUGGCUACCAUUUCAAUGUCAAAUCCGAGAGAAAUGGUGAGCCUUUGAUUUCACUUGGUUAACCAAAGAGUAGCAACCCUUGAAAUUUGUAACCUUUAUGGUUGGUUAAUUUAUCUAUUCAAGACAGCUUCUUCCCAUGGAUAUUUGAUAUUUGUAGUCUUAUCUUCUUCCACGGGUGAUCAUCGGUCGGGUGGGGUGGUUUUGUACAAAAACUGAGGCAAUAAACCAACCUAGUUAGUUUACACCAAGUUAAACCGACAACCAAUGUUCAGCGGGUUGGUUUCAAUUGGUUCGAUAUUUUUAGUUCAGUUUGGUCGAUUCGUUUUUCUUGCCA